UCAGUUCGGACAUUCAUAUUUUAAUCAACACAUUGGGAACAGGUGUGCGUCUCUAGCUUGUGUGGUUUAACCCGGUUUUAAAGCGAGCUCCGCCACACUGAGGCGAUAACCUGGAGUAUUAUUAGCUGCUACAAACAACUUGUUGGUUUCAGGAUGUUCGUCUGGGUUUGUAUUUAUGUUUUUGCGUCGGCCGGUCGGUGUGUAACCGGCGGACAUGUGAUGACCGGUCAGCCAUAUGAAGUCCCGGUAAACAGCAGCCAGGUUUUAACUGCAGCACGGUUUGCUGUGGGUGAAUUCAACAGAGCCAACGCUGAGGACCACUUUGCUUACAAAAUUGUGAAUAUAACCUCGGCCAAAAUUCAGAUGGUGGCUGGAAUAAACUACAUCCUGGAAAUGCAGCUGGGACGUACAAUGUGCAACAGAAGUGACACAAUUGACAGUGAACCAUGUGUUUUCAACUCUGAACCCAAGGAACUUCUGUGCCACUUCAUUGUUACAGAAAUCCCUUGGAGAGACUUACGCACACUUACCCAAAAGAAGUGUUACCCACCUAAAAAUUGA